GCCAUCAACAGCGGCUCCAGGUUUUAGCAGCGUCAUGCACGGGAAUGGUCUAAUGUCCUUGCACGUGGAAGGCGGUACGCAGGUCCAGGUGCCACGCUCGUUGAUGCAGGCCUUCCUGCAGCAGGACCCGAAUCAUCCUGGGUUGGAAACGGUACGGCUGCCGACGCCUCAGUGCGGGUCCGACGAGGCUGGACCGCCGCCACACUGCCGCGAAGUGGAAACCGAAUUGUGUCUGGUCUGUCGCCGUUGCGGCCGGGCUUAUCCCCAAGAGUCGACGCUGCUCGCGCACCAGCGUUCCUGCUACCUGGGUAAUCAGCAACGUCGCGGGGCGCUGCGUCUCGUUCAAUCGCGUUAUAGCUGCACGCUGUGCGGGGAACACCCCCUCUACACGACCGUAAGCGAAUGGCGGCGUCACGCUGAAACGUUGCCUCACCGAGCCCGCCAGGAGGCAAGUCAAGAACGACAACAGCAGCAACAGUUCGGCAAUAUCGGCGCGGAGACCGUUGGGCAAUGCGGCGAGGAGGUUCAUCCGCUAACUGACGAAAUGGAGGACGUCGUCAAUCAAAUCACCUUAUUGGCUGCUCGCGCGGCCGCCGAGAGCACGACCGGCCAGGCUCAGGGUAACGAGAGGGUGAAUCCGGACAACAACAACGCUCCCGACGUGAAGAGACCGAAACUGGUCCAAGAGGUGGCAGCUUUGGCCGGCGCCCGCUAG